GCUUUAUGUAACCGGAAGCAAUGUUAUGAAAACAAACGCGCUGCACGCCCAGACAGUUGUUACCAAACGCGUUCAUUUUCAGAGACAGUUUUGACCAACCUGACAAGUGUCAUGCUGAAAGCUGUGGGACAAGUUCUGUUCUCAUCUGGACUGCAGAACCCGAAAUACACAGCAGAUGAGAAAAAGGGAGAAGACUAUGAGAUUCGUACCUACCACGCCACUAAGUGGGUGAGCACCACUCUGAGUGGGAUGCAGUGGGACGCAGCCAUGAACUCUGGCUUCCGCCGGCUCUUCAGCUACAUUCAAGGAAACAACAACAACAAGGUGAAAGUGGAAAUGACGGCUCCUGUGACCUGCCGCGUGGACCCCGGAGCCGGUCCCGCAUGUGAAUCUCAGUUCACUGUGUCCUUCUUCAUCCCAGAGGAGCAUCAGGAGACUCCACCAGAGCCCAGUGACCCCGAGGUGUUUGUGGAGCACAGGAAAGAGUUCACCGCAUAUGUCAGGACAUACGGUGGUUUCUCCAAGGAGAAUACGAAGCGUGAAGAGCUCGAGAAACUUAUGGAGAGCCUGAAGAGGGACGGAGUCCAAUAUGUCGAGAAUCCGUACUACGCAGCCGGGUACGACAGUCCCUUCAAACUGACCAACCGCAGAAACGAAGUCUGGGUCCUCAAACAAGAACAGGAGUAGGAAGGUUAAAGGUCAUGCAACUCAAUUACAUAAUCAUUUGAUAACACUGCACUCAUGUCCAAAAGGGAAAUAAAUAUUGUAAUUAUAUAAGAAUGAUAAACAAACUGGAAGUUUUAAAGGUCAUACUGACGACUUACAUUUUUAUUUAACAUUUUUACCAUACCUUACUGUUUUGAUUUGUUUGACUAAAGGUAACUGAAUUAUAGACUCACUGAAAGUCAAACAGAUGUUUCAAACAGAUCAUAAAUAAAUAAACCGCCAGAAAAAGCUGUUUGGCAGUAUGUCCAGCAGGUGGAGCUAAGUAGUCAGGAAACAUUUCUUUCAUCCGGUGCAUCUUGUCAGGACAAAAACCAAAAGUGCCUCUGCAUUUUUUUAAAUGAAUGACUUGUUGAAAAUACAUAAUUUGUUGAUUGCUCAAGAAACCUUGACAUUUAAAUAAUGUGGUAACAUCUGUGAAGUUGUUUUCACCUAAACUUUAAUGUUAAAAGACUGUGUACAGGACAUCCAAUAAAGGAUAGAUUCACAUGCUGUUAGCAUUGUCUUAAAACAAUAA